GCCUUACUUAACGGCGGGCGGGGAGCGCUGACCGGGCGCCUUAUGUAAGGGCAGAGGCGGGGAGAGGUGGGGCUGCUUUCAGCCCCAGCCCGGCCGUGGCGGCAUCGGCGGCACCAUGUCCUGGUACCGCAACGCCGUCUGGUUCGUGAAGGGGCUGCGGGAGUACACGAGGAGUGGCUAUGAGUCUGCUUCCAAGCACUUCAAUCCAGCCGACGUGGAGGUGAAUGUGGCUGGAAGAUCCUUUCUGAUCACUGGCGCAAACAGUGGUAUUGGCAAGGCCACAGCCACAGAGAUAGCGAGGAGAGGUGGCACAGUUCAUCUGGUUUGCCGAAAUAAGGAGAGGGCUGAGGUCGCCAAAGCAGAAAUAGUUACGGAAACAGGCAAUCAGAAUAUCUUCUUGCAUAUUGUGGAUAUGUCUAAUCCCAAGGAAAUCUGGAAAUUUGCUGAAAAAUUCAAAAGUGACCAUAAAUUAAAUGUGUUGAUCAACAAUGCAGGAUGUAUGGUGAAUAACAGAGAAUUAACUGAAGAUGGACUUGAAAAAAACUUCGCCACAAACACUUUGGGUACAUACAUUCUGACGACUGCCCUGCUGCCCCUCCUGGAUAAAGAAGUUGAUGCCAGAGUGAUAACUGUCUCUUCUGGGGGCAUGCUAGUUCAAAAACUGAACGUAUCGGACUUGCAGUCGGCAAGUGGGACGUUCGAUGGGACUAUGGUGUAUGCACAAAACAAGAGACAGCAAGUUGUCUUGACAGAACAAUGGGCAAAAGCUCACAGGAACAUCCAAUUCUCUGUUAUGCACCCUGGCUGGGCAGACACUCCAGCUGUGAGGUCGUCAAUGCCAGAUUUCUACCAGAAGAUGAAGAAUGCCCUGCGCACGGAGGCCCAGGGAGCCGAUACUGUUGUGUGGUUGGCAGUGUCAGCUGAAGCAACACAGCUCCCGAGUGGAUUGUUCUUCCAAGACAGGCAACCGGUUCCUACACACUUACCCCUGGCCUGCACUCACAGUCCACUGGAGGAUGAGGAGAAGUUAAUGGAGGUGCUGGAAGAGUUCUCCCAGAAGUUUAAAUCCACCUCUCCAGGAACUUAGCAUCACUGCUGGCACAGUGUGACCACAAAGCUUCUAUUUAGACAGCAGCAGUACUGUAGCGUGCCUGCUGCUGAGGGCAUGUAGGAUGCCAUAGGCCUGUUAAAAAUAAAUAGGGUUCAGAUGUUCUCAUCACUGGGGACACUGGUGCCCACACCAGAUUUUUUCUGCUGCCAUUGUGAAUACGCACCUGCUGUCUCAGGACACAGUAAAGUUGUGUUCUGUGUAUUGGAAGAAAAUUGGGAGGCAUUAAAAUCAGAGCCCAGGCUUUGUGAAGUUACCCCAAGUCAUUUAAAACACUCAACAUGCAGAGGAGUGUACCUUCAGUAGCCCUGCCAAAGGGCUCCAGGAAGAAGCAGUGAAUGUUUUAAACAACAUUUAAGCCCUGUGUUUGACAGGUUGGGGGCUUCCCUCACUGCCUGAGGCUGACUGGGCUCAGCCCUGUAGCUGAGGAUGCAUAAACCCUCUCUCACAUCUCCUGCUCAGUUUAAAUGGAAGGAUUCCUCACGGCCUUCAGUUUCUAUAAAUCAAGGCUGGUAUGCAGAAGAGAUCUGCUUCCUCCUUUUUAAAGAGCAAGAAUUUAGGAAUGCUGCCAGAUGCCUUUCACAUUACUUGAUGGAGCCAGGGCUGAAUGUUAUCCUGUUUAUGUCAAGAAGUGGGAGGUUUCAACAACCACCACACCCAGACCUGGCUGGAGCUGGUGGAGAAAUGGCUGCAUGACUCUAGGCAGGAAGAGAAAGACCAUGCUGAGCUCUAGGGGCUUGCCAUUCCUGUGAAGGAUCAAAAUGAAUCACUUCAUCAUUAUGAAGGUAUUAAGUGGGACACACAGGUUUUAGAGAAGUCCACCUCCUGAUGAGAGGAUUGUAUUUUGCCUGGAACUAUUUCUUUCCAGCCCCAGAGGAGGUGAUGUGUGUCACCCGCCCUGCGGACAUUUGAAUUCCUCCUUUGGGAUUCUCACCAUACAUUGGUAGAGAGAAAACAGGCUUUUUCACAGAGGUUUACUGGUUCCCCUUUAAGGAACACCACCAGCAUUCCUCUGGCUUCCUGCUGAUGGUGAGGACAAUCAGCUCAGACCAAAACAUUCAGGUGGGAUUCAUUUUGUCUCACAGGUUUCAGAUUUACUGCAAAGCCAAGAUUCUCCAUAGCAAUUGUGGUAACCCCUUUUCUCCUGAACUGAGCAUGUUUGAGAGCAAACUGCACACAGAAGCCAAGCAGCUUGCACUGCUGUUGUACCUGUGGCUGGGGGCCAGUGGUAGGGCAAGAGACUUGGACACAGGUGUAACUCAGGUGUUGCUGAGCUCUCCACAGGGACCAGUAGCAAAAGGCCAUGGUGGUGGGCAGAGCACGACUCACUGUGUCUGCUUCAUGUAACUUAGUUUCCUAAAAAGAUAUCCUACUGGCUGAUGGCAUAUAGUUGUUAUUCAAAGACAUCCUAUUAAAUAUCAGCUUAGGAAAAAAAUCCCUCUUUACAGCAAACUGUCAGUCUCCUAGGAAAUAAAGAGAGGCCCUGAAAUCAGUUUUCACCUGUUAAGCAGUGCUGAGAGGAGCUGGGCUGUCACAGCUCCUCCUGAAGGGGCUGGGUCAGCAUUCAAACGAUUGCUUUAUUUUAGCAAUUUAGCUCCUUCUCUCAUGACAGUGAAAGAAAACAACAGCAAGGCUUGUACAGGUGUUUAUUUCCUAGAAGGCUGCUAUUGUCUUACAUGGUUCAAACUGUUAAAUGCAGUUACUGAAAGCAAGAGUGUGGCUGGAAGUGUAUAAUGGCUAAUAAAACAUUUGCAUAUUUGGCUAUUUAAGUCAAGUUGCUUCUUAAUUCUGCAGGAUAGAAGAAAAGUUUAAUGGCUGGUGUUUAAAUAGUCAUAAAAGCAACCAAACAUGCACAACAUAUAUGUAACAUGUAUUUUAGUCCGAGUUCAGCACUGGUGUAUCUGAAUUAGCUGACAUUUUUCUUUUUAGUCACAGCUUAAAAAUGAAGCCAAGGGUCUGAAAACUGCUUUAAUCCAAGUGCAAAAGAGACAGAUGCUGUGGUUAAAGCAGCACUUGAAGUUUAAAAAGAAUUAAAGCACGUGAUAUCAAUUAGCAACAAAAUCCAGAGCCUCCCCCACUUUGGUGUUUUGGCCCUGAUUAUACUUCAUUUCAGUCCCUUUCCCACAGCACAGACUGUGGCUGUAAAGCCAAGGAGAUGCUUUGUGUUGAUGCACUUGCAUGUAAAUAAAUACAUUUAGUGCCACCUAGAAUGUUUUAGGAGCAAAAGGAGAAUGGCAUCCAAUGCCAGCUCACCAGAAAGAGGUGAGACAGGUUCUUGCUCAGCAGAGCAGGCUGAGGGCUUCAGUACACACGAGGUUUACAGGAGCCCAAGGAGAAGCACCACAGCUGUCCUUACAGUGCUGCCCUUUCCACACUCAGCCCAGCACUUGUGGUGUCAGCCCUCAGGCUUGUGUGACUCUGCCUUCAGUUCUUUGUUAUUCUCAGGCUGAAGGCUUUGGCAUUUUUCAGAAGGGUUUUGGUGCCAGGGAUGCUGCACAUAGAGGGAUGUAGUGCCACAGCCCACUUGUAGGGUCAUUUCCCUGUGUCCUGAGGGAAAGGCACAGCCCACUGACAGUGUGGUGAGACUGACUGUGGUGGUGCAGGGCCCAUGGGGACAUUUCUCUCUCUUGGUGCAUAUUUCAGGUCAGUGUAACAGAUACCAGGCAAUUUUGUAAACUGCAUUUCCUCUUCCCCACAAGUUUUGUUUCUGGGCCGUGUUUAUUCUUUGUAAAAAGACCAAAAUAAAGCAGUGAGUGAGUGGUUGA